AUGAUAAUUCUUUUGAUUUUUAUUAUUCAAAUAUAUGGAAGAAUUUUGUAAUAAAAAGGAGUUCCUCAAAAAAAAGGAGAGAAAUGGAAUUAAUCUGAUUAAGCACUUGAAUAAAUUUUUGAUUAGAUAUCUAAUAAUUUAACAUAAAUUUAAAAGGAUGAUUUGUAAUUAAUAGAAGAGUAUAUAUUUUAAGAAGGAUUAUUGUAUUAUGCUUAAGCAAAUUAAGAUGAAAAAUAAAAGAUUUUUUUAACUUUGAUUGAGAUGAUUGGGGAACUUAAAAAAGAGAAUGAAUAAGAAACAAUUAGGCUUGAAAAAAAUAUAUAAUAUUUUAGUUAAUUAAACACAACAGAUAAAGAUAUUGUAAUGACAAAGAUUUCUCAAAGUUUAGAUAAAACUAUAAAAGAUUCAUCAAAAGAGUUUAAUAGUAAAGUGGUUUUAUAGACAAUUAAAAAGGAGAUUGAAAAUUUUCAAAGUAAACCUGAUAGAGGAGGAAUUACAACAUGGAACAUCAGGGAAUAUAAAAUGAUUUAGGAGAAAAAUGAAUAGGAAAUGAGGGAAAUAGAAUAUUAGAUAUAAGAAUUUCUAGAUUAGGGUUUUUCAGAAUAGAAAAUUCGAGAAAAGAUCACAGAAUUUAUAGAUAGUUUUUUCGGUAAUUCAAAAACUUUAGAAUAAAAUAAUAAAAGUAUAGAUGAAGUAAUUUAAGAUGUGAAGAAAUAGGAAGAAGUAAGUAAUGAAAAUAAUUAAAUAAAAUAAUAUAGAUAAAAAGUAAGAGAAAUAAUAAGGGAAAAAUUAGAAUAGGGAAAAACAGAGGAGGAAAUUUAGAAGGAAGUUGAUGAUUAUUUAAAGUAGAAUAGUGUUAAUGAUUUAAGUGAUGAAGAGAGAAAUAUAAUAAAAUUAAUUAUAAAAAAAGAGAUAAUGCGAAAUCAAAGAUAAUAAAGUACUAUUAAUGAUGAUAAAAGUAAUAAUAAAGUUUAAGAAAAUGUAUAUUAUAUAUGCCUUGGAAUAUUUACAAUAGUUCUAUUGAUUUUCAUAGUAAUAUUUAUAAUUAGAAGAGAUAAAAUUAAAAAUAAUCAAAGGAAAUAAAUUGGAUUCAAAAUUUAAGAUAAUAGUUAAGAUGUUGAACAAAUGGAUUGA